AUGAAUAAAAGCAUUUUCAAUAAAAAUAAUUUUAAAUCCGACCCAUUCCAUUGGGCAGCGGCAAAUGAUUGGGCUGGUGAAGUGCAAAAAUGUCUACAGGAAAAUAUGAACCCUUAUCGGCCGAACAAGAAUGGAUUAACGCCGUUGCAUGCUGCCAUAGGGAACCAAGCGGUGCGAGUGGCUAAUGUACUGCUAGCGCAAUACUCCAACGAUUUGGCGAUCGUCAAGGAACACAUGCGCAACAGGUUUCUGUGGAAGAUGGAAUGCAACUACUGGAAUAAACGACCGAUUCUGAUAGCCUGGACGGAGGAAGAAUGUCAGCACGUGCAAUCGGUGGCCAGCCCGUGCCCGGCAGCUAUACCGUUGAAUGUGCAGAUAUUUGUUUUCCUGCGCCUACCCUGUGAAGGAGUCCGGCUCGUUGCCUUGGAUGUGUGUACCAAAGAAAAGUGGCCUGCUGUGCUUCGCUUUAUUCGUCAAAUUCUACCCAACGGGGUGUUGUCGCUCGAUAAAAGUGAUUUUCGAACCGAUUGUAUGUCCUACCUGCAGGCGGCUUGCUACAUUGGUAGUAAGGAUUUACUGCAAACGCUACUUUCCAGCGGAGCGCAACUUUCAGCCACAGGGGACAAAGGCAAAACACCGCUGCUGACCGCUUGUGAUGUACUGUGCACGGACAUCAUAAAACUACUCCUAACAAAAUACAUCCAAAGGUACGAUCCAACCGCGUUUGAUGAUGAGCAAAGAAACGCCUUCCAUAUCGUUGCCCGAAAGAACCACCCGGAAAUGACGGAUUUCGUGCUGAAAGCGUUGAUACGGUACCGUGUGGUAAACUUUGGCGAAACCGAAUCCGAAGCGUUCGAUCGUACCUUCCGAUACGAGUAUAUUGAAUACGAGUACCUUUCAUCGUGGUCACUUUUGCCGGUAGCUAUGAAAAAGAAAUGCAGCGAGUAUGCGGUACAAUAUCGAAUGGAUCUAACGUACACGUGGCGGUACAAUCUGCACUUGUUGGACCUCAUUUCUAACAAGCUGGCGUUGAACUAUUGUUUUGAAGAGAUUCGUAGCAAUUUGGAUAUUUUAAAAAUUGAAACCCAUCGCGAAUCGACUAAUAUUCUUCAUGCCUUAUUGCAGCACGGGCAUAUCGAAUUUGUUGAGGAGCUAUACCAGCAGAAUCCUUCAAUUAAAACAGUAUUUAACACCCAAGGUGCCCUACAGGUGCUUACAAGCGCACUUGCUAAACACAAUGUGAAACUGUUAGGUUUCAUUUUGCAGCAUCACAAAGAAUAUUUUCAAUCCGAAGCCAAACACUUAGAAGAGGGUGUUAUCAGCUCCACAUGGUUUGAUAUCGCCGUCUACCGGGAACCGUUCUCGAUGCUGUCGGAAGCGUUUCCAGAAAUGCGAGAAAAAAUAUCUGAAACCGUUGAACUUGUGGAGAAAACACACAACGCUCUAAGUUUAGAUAAAUUGUACGCUUUGCUUGAUGAGGAUUUGGAACAAGCAAUUUUAACUCUACAAUCAGAAGAGAUUGUGGUGAACGAAGCUGGACGCAAUGUCUUGCAUCAAGCGACGGACUAUGAUAAACCGCAUCUAGUUGAAAAAUUGCUAGAAUGUUCAGUUAAUCUCAACCGAAAGGAUAACGAGGGAAAUCUUCCCAUUUUUCUUGUUCGCUCGGAGGAAGUGUUGGAUCUGUUCCUUGAGAAAAUGUCCAUCGACUCUACGAUCGUCAACGACGCUGGAUACAACCUUCUCCAUUAUUGCUGCAAGACAGUCUGCAUGCCGGGCGACGAGGCAAAAAUUCUAUCAAAAUUGUUAUCCUUAGGAUUCGACGUCAAUCAACCGUCGAAGGAUGGCAAUGUUCCACUAUCGCUGGCUUCGUGCUGUACGAUGGUUAAAUAUCUACUACAACAUGGCGCUUCAUUGGAGCUGAUCGAUGGUUCAGCACUCCAAGGAACACUUCGCUACAAGCGGUACUGCGCAGCGUGGACAUUGAUUCCUGAAAUUGCACACUUCGAGUGGUUCGAAAAGACGGCCCAUGCGUUCCUGCCCUGGUUACUGGGAAAUCAGAAUCGUGACUUUUUCUCAUGCAACUCUGGCGACCAGUUGGAAAAGUAUCCCGAUAUUCGGAAAAAGUUGUACGACAGUCUGUACCGGCACUCCAAGGAACAGGCGGCUAGCUUUUUCCUCACAGUGUGCCAGCGGUCGAUAACCUGCUGUGCCCGGUGGUUUCUGGACUACGGGUACGACGUAGACUUCGAACGUUGCGACGAAUAUGGCUACACACCACUGCUCGGUCUGCUGUCCUACAUGGAAGAACCGAGUCACGAUAUCGUCGAACGAUUGGUUGUGGAAAAAGGAGUAAACGUAAAUGCCAAAAACGAUCGGAAACAGAGUGCCCUGCUGCUGAUCGCAUCACAUUUUCGCUACGCACAGUGGUAUGGGUAUACGUUGAAGACGAUCGAAUUAUUGCUGGACCAUGGCGCAGAGCUUAACGCGCAGGAUGAGAAGGGAAACACCGCGCUACAUUACGCGUUCGAGGAGAACCAAAUCGAGCUGGUGGAGUUGCUGAUCGAGCGUGGCGCAGAUCUUAAGCUGAGGAACAACGAAAACCAGUUGCCUUAUCAAAAGUGUGAUAAACACAAAGCAAUGCUGUAUAAGUUUUUGGGAUGGAACAAUGAACUUGCACAGCUAGCAAACAGUUAACCUAAAGCACCAAAAUGAUCACAAUGGAGUUCAAAUGCACACCAACAGUGUGUAGUAGAUAAUACAUAUGUGGCCAUACAAUUACCUUUGCCUACUUUCUUAGUUACUUAAACCGCUUUGUGGUCAUGACCAGAAUAACCACUCGCAAAACUGGUCUCACUUGUUUUACCAGAUCUACUGGGAAGAUCGUUUGAUUCUAGAUAAGAUACUUUUAUAACGGCCGCAUUGGAAUCGAACGAUUUAUGAUGGUUUAUGUUGGUUUAUGGUCCCUUUACAGCUGAUGUCUGAUGAUGAUGGAAAUUGUGCUAUCCAAAGUGUGAUGUUCACGAACUAAAAUGUAAUAAAAAAUAAACCAAAAUUCUGUUAUGAUG